GACGGCCCGUCCUCUCGUCCCUUCAGCUGGCUGGCCUGCACGCAGGCGAACGUGUUCUCGUCAACCGGUCCGGAUCGCUCCCGACCAGCAGCGGUAAUCGCCGAGGAAAUCGUACAGAGGACACUCACGCAUUCCCGCUCGCUGCAAUGGCAUACGGUGAACGCGACCGUUCCGACAGACGUGGAGGAGGCGGAGGUGCACGCGGCGGCGGCGGACGCUUCGGCGGCCGCGACGGCGGGGGAGGCGGCAGUAGAUUCAGCAGCAGCGCGAACCGCGACGGCGGCUUCGGGGGCAACAACUUCAAGAACCGACAGCCGGGCGAGCGUCUACGCAAACCGCGAUGGGAUAUGAGCACUCUACCGCAGUUCCGGAAGGACUUCUAUCAACCGCACCCGAACGUGAUGGCGCGAAGUAUUCACGCUGUGGAGGCAUAUCGUUCCAACAAGGAGAUCACCGUGAAAGGGACCAACCUACCUGGGCCCAACAUCUACUUCGAGGAGGGCGGUUUCCCGGACUACGUGCUGAACGAGAUCCGCAGACAGGGAUUCGGCGAGCCGACCGCGAUCCAGGCGCAGGGCUGGCCGAUCGCCCUGUCUGGCCGGGACAUGGUCGGCAUCGCGCAGACGGGCUCGGGCAAGACGCUGGCGUACAUCCUGCCGGCGAUCGUGCACAUAAAUCACCAGCCUCGACUCAGCCGGAAUGACGGCCCGAUCGCGCUGAUCCUGGCGCCGACGCGCGAGCUGGCGCAGCAGAUCCAGCAGGUCGCGUCCGACUUCGGUAUGUCUUCUCAGGUACGGAACACUUGCAUCUUCGGUGGCGCGCCGAAGGGGCCCCAGGCACGCGACCUCGAGCGCGGAGUAGAGAUCUGCAUCGCAACGCCAGGGCGUCUGAUAGACUUCCUGGAGCGCGGCACCACGAAUCUACGUAGGUGUACAUAUCUAGUGCUCGACGAGGCCGAUAGGAUGCUCGACAUGGGCUUUGAGCCGCAAAUUAGGAAAAUUGUAGAACAAAUACGCCCGGACCGUCAGACUCUCAUGUGGUCGGCCACGUGGCCGAAGGAAGUGCGUAACCUCGCGGAGGAGUUUCUAACGGACUACAUACAGAUCAACAUUGGCUCCCUGCAACUGGCCGCCAAUCACAAUAUCCUGCAGAUCGUCGACGUGUGCGAGGAGUACGAGAAGGAGAGUAAACUCAUGAAGCUGCUGGAAGAGAUCUCGAACGAGUCGGAGAAUAAGACUAUAAUAUUUGUGGAAACUAAAAGAAAGGUCGAUGAUAUAACAAGAGCCAUUAAUAGAUACGGAUGGCAAGCGAUUGGUAUUCACGGAGACAAAAGCCAGCAGGAGAGAGAUUAUGUAUUGAACCAGUUCCGGAAUAGCAGGUCUGCCAUCCUAGUGGCUACCGACGUGGCGGCGCGAGGUCUAGAUGUCGAGGAUGUCAAAUUUGUGAUAAACUUGGACUAUCCAUCCAACUCUGAGGACUAUGUGCACCGUAUUGGACGUACUGGUCGCUCGCAGCGUACAGGAACCGCGUACGCCUUUUUCACGCCCGGCAAUGCCCACAAGGCUAGUGACUUAAUCCAAGUUCUGGAAGAGGCCAAGCAAGUUGUCAAUCCGAAACUGUACGAUUUGUCCAGAAAUCCCGGCGUUUAUAAGAGAGGACGAUAUGGUGGACGCAGCGGAGGUGGUGGCGGACGAGGCUCCGGAGGCCGUGGCGGUUCACGAGGCACCCGCGGAGGCCGCGACACAGGAGACAGAGGGAGAUUCGACCGCUCUUCCGGCACUGGCGCGAGCGAUCGCGGCAACAAAUGGUCCGGAAGCAGUAGCGGUGGCAUAGGCGGGGCUAGCUAUGGAAGCAGUAAAUCAUUCCCCCAAAACAGCUUCGGGAGCGGAACCUCCGGCGGUGGCUCCAGUAGCUACAGCCAGAACAGUAGCGGGUACGGCGGCGGCAGCGGCUAUCGGCAGCAAAACGGCUAUUGACUACAAAUGAACGGUUAAACAACACUCCCGUCUGCGUUCCAGAGGGAUUAAUAGCGGUAUCGACGCUUGAUAUGAGCCGACGAGCCCAGAGUUGCGGAGAAUCGUUCCAAACAAUUUGCACUUACAUUCUCACGAGCAUACGACUCCUUUUUCUUUUCUAGUACACAUCGACUUUUUCAUUAGCUUUAAGUAAUAUUAUAACGAUAUCAAUUACGCAAGUCACAUGUGUUACAUUUAGGAUAGCUCCUUAAUAUAUUCAGGCGGUCAAUGAUAUGUCACAUGAUUGUCGCCGAGCGAUAUAGUAUUACCAUUCGAUUGGCUUGCCGCUGUACAUUCGAUAAUAAAUAGUGCAAGGGUGACACUAUAAAAAGCUGAAACGUGGCAUUACUCUAUGUAAAGUUUGCUUUCUCUCCAACGUUUCUUCGACGCAGUGUGUGCGUAUUUAUUUUUUAUUCUUUACGUGCGUAUUUAUUUCUGUAAUAUUAUCGGUAUCGUUACACGUAGCGAUAAUAAUUUUUUUAUUUAUAUCUGUAUAAUCGCAAUCUUUUUAUUUCGAUCAUAAACACAUUUUCAGAUAUCCCUGUAAUGUGUGUCAAAUCGCCAAUGUGUAAACGUGUGUGCUCGGACGACCGGCAUUCGAUCGAUGCGUUAACGCGACACAUUUUGGCAAGUUACGUUAUGUAUUAAGAUACAGCUGGCUGAGAGCUACGAAUGCCGUCGCACAGACACGCGUAUACACAUGCUAAUAUUAGAUUUACUACGAAAUGUCCUAUCUGCAGACGCUCGAGAUAAUUUCAUUUAAACCGCUAUCGAUAACAAUUAAUCUUCGUCGAGUGUCAAGGAAGACCGUCUGCUUCAUUCAUUGGUCGAUCCGCUUUAUCGAGAAUCAUACGAUCCGGUCCGGAAUUUGCCCCUUUACUCAAAUGAAAACAUUUACUCCACCGCGAUUUAUCGGCGUUGGAAUAAAAUAUUUGUUAUGUCUAUGAUUAAUGUACCGCCUGCUUAUUCCACGAUAAUCGAGCUUCUCGGCUUCUUACCAAUUCAAUUGUCCACAUUGUCGUUACAGAAUGUACAUGUAUUUAUGGCGAUGCUGUAAUAAGUUAUUGGAAUGUGUAGAAUGCCGCUGCUUCUUUGUCACGCAAUGACACUUCAACACGGCAGAAUAUAAUAAAAAGAAUCGUUUCGUAUAAAAUUAA